AUGGCUGAACAACCUCAUGGUAUUGGCGGCAAUGCUUUCGUUGAUUAUGCAAGGCAGGAUGCGCCCUACCAUCGAAACAGAGUUGAUUCAGAGCGCUGGGCCCGUAUAGCCGCUGACAAUGCCGUACUGGCUCGCAAGCUGGCUGACAUCCGGCGCGAGCCCCCUGCCAACUUCCACGCGCCCCGCGGCUACGAGUCCGUGAAGGGGGGCCAGCGGAGAAAGCGGGAGGGAGAGGGUAAGCCCCAGAGCGGUAUGCCGGAGACGUUGGGUUACGUGGCGCCCUUCCCCUGGCCCCCCACAGAGCCCGCACACCAGAUCGUACGACAACCUAAGGCCCAGCGUGAGCUCGACGUCGCCAACGGCUACGUGGCUGCCAAGCUUCGCGAUACCUACCGUCACCACGGACACUCGUUGCUUGAAAAACACAAGCUGGGACGGGGCUUCGACUGCAAUGACCGUUGGGCGCAACGUACGGCGUUGUACGACGCGGUCUCCGCGCCUGGGGCGGCGUCCCUAUCGGUCAUCCCCGGUGGCGGCGGCGGCGGCGGCGGCGGCGGUGGUGGUGCGCGUGUGCUGGAUCUUGAGCAGGCGUGUAGGGGGAGAUGCCCGGCAAACGUGUCGAGUACGGCAAACGUGUAUGCACCUGUGUUUGUUACUCCCCCUGCUGCCGGGCGGCAGUAUGCGGUGUUCCUUACACGACGACCCGAACCCCCGUUUCAGGCCAGUGUGCCCAAGUCGCUGGGGGUCGCGCUCUGCGGCGGGUGCAGUGCCCGCUGCUUCUACGCCGCUGACGGUGUACGGCUCAUGCGGUGUCGGGCGUGCAAGUCCGCCUGGUACUGCUCCGAGGCGUGUGCUAAGCUGGACUACCAGUCACACAAGGGGAGGGGUGCACUUGGCGGCGAUUUGGGUUGGGACGCGUUUCACACGGGCGGGGUACAGCCUGGCCGGGGGGUGGGGCUGUGGAGUAAGGCGCUGUGCAAGUUCGCCACCACGGGUCACUGGGCCCGGGGGGGCACCCGCCCCUCCGAGGACUGCUGGGUCAGCAACGCGGCCAUGGCGGUGGUGCGAAAUGACCUGCGCCGGAGAGCUGGCGCAGCACUGGCGCAGAAGACGUCCACCACCUCGCCUUCCGCCUCCACGCCUCCGGGCAACUCGACGUCCUCCCCAAGCCCCCAACGGCGGCAACUACGGCAGCAGCAGCAGCAGCAGGAGGAGGCGGUGCCGCUGCAUCAGCGUCGACGGCGGUCGCCGCUGCGGCCGGCGAGUGCCUCUGGCGGGUCGCCGCAGGUCCGCCGGUCCCAGGCGGGCAGCGUGACGGGGAUUCCUGAACCGGGCGAGGGGGCGCUUGGGGGCGAGGUGGAGGUGCUGUUUUCUUUGGAGGCGAAGUACAAGGAGCUACGGGAGCGGGAAUUGGAGGCGGAGCGGGAGCUGCAGGAUGUGGAGUAUCGCGCGAACCAUGGGCUGGACGGACCGAGGCCGUGUAUGUAUGUGAUGAAGCGGUUUGCGGAGCCUUCAACCUCGACAACGGCAGGGAGGGGGUCUUGGGGCUUGGGCAGGCGCCCGGCAUCUGCGGGCCCGCGGGUGCGGGCCGGCGGGGAAGGGGGAGCGGAAGGCAGGAAGGGGCAAAAGAAGCCGGCCUGGCAGGAUUUGGCGAGGUUUCUAUAA